AUGGCCAUCAGCAAACCCAGUCUAACCUUCAACCCACUGCACCCCACAUUUGGAGCCGAAUGCAAGGGUGUAGACUUCUCUCAGCCAGUGUCUACAGACACCAUUGACCAUAUUCGCGCCGCGAUGGCCAAAUAUGGAGUCCUGGUCUUUCGCAAUACUGCCCUCGACGAUACGAGCCACACGAACCUGGCGCGUCAAUUCGGCAAGCUAGAUGUUUCGACGGUGGUGAGGAACUCCGGGACGCUGUACCGACUCGGUCCCGAAAGUCAAUUGACUGACGUUGGGAAUGUGGACCAGAAUGGCAAUAUCGAGUCAGUGAAUAGUUUACGAGCGCAAGCAUUCCGGGGAAAUGGUCUCUUUCACGUGGAUUGCUCCUUCAACCACCGUCGAGCGGGAUAUUCUCUCCUCCGCGCCCACCAGUUGCCUCCGCCAGGGAGUGCCGGCGGGACCGAAUUCGCUGAUACCCGAAGCGCAUAUGAGGAUCUGGAUGAUGACAUGAAGACUCAGAUCCAUGACUAUGUCUUGUGGCAUUCUAUACUGCAUAGUCGAAUCUUGGCAGUUCCGGAUAAUUGGAUCUUCAAGAUUGUCGACUGGACAUUGGACAUGCAUGGUCUCCGUCGUCUUCCCUAUCUCAUUAUUUUAUUGCUAACCAUUCGCUUCCUGGGAUUUUGGGUUCGCCUGGCAGACACUACUAUGGUUUCAAUGUGCUUGUUCGGCCUACUCCGGCUCCUUCUGUUGCGCCUGGCACCGCGUCCCUUAGUUGCGCGCGCUCCUCAUCGUCUAGUACAAGUACACAAACCGAGCAGCCGGAUAAACCUGUACAUUGCGGCGCAUGCAUACCGUAUAGACGGGUGGACCAAAUCAGCUAGCAAACCUGUGAUCGAGGCUUUAAUGCAGCAUGCAAGUCAAGAGAAAUAUACUUUCAAAGUGGAUUGGGAAAACAACGGGGAUAUGAUUAUAUGGGAUAACACGUGUGUAAUGCACCGAUCAUCCGGAGGCUCAUACCAGGGACGGUAUGUCCGCGAUAUGCGAAGAGCGACCGUCUAUGACUCUGCCUGA